AUGAAGCUACUACAGGAAUACAACAAUAUUGUAAUAUCAGCGACCAAACAUGAAAUAGCCAAUAUGAAGGAUGGCUCGUGUGAUCUGAAGAAAAAAUCUAACAACUCUCUUCAAAUGAACCCUGUUGCUAGUGGAGACAAUGUAACUACAGGACUAUCUGCUCAUAGGCUCAAGGAAGAACUGCCCCCCCUUGUUCCUUGUUGUGAGGGACGGGAAUUACAGAUAAGUGAAGAUUUGGUGCGUAGCGGUUUGUCUGCGAUCUCCGUGAAACAUGACAGCGCCCUCCAGUGCCUGAGCAUGUCCAACUGCGAAACGCUACAAGUACCACCCGGUAUUGUUAAGCAUCGGAACUCGUUUCGUUCUCUUCACCGUCCUGAUCUAAAACGAGUACCUUAUCUACGUCGCAUGAAGCCCGAUGAAUUGGAACUGCUGUUUAGAGGCUACGCAGACCUGCCGGCGCGAAGUCUCCAAGAGAACAAAGAAUCAUCACAAAUAAUCUUUCCGUUCGCACAGAGUGUAACUAAAGCGAUUAAACAAGAAAAUGUGGAUCACGAUAAGGGCAUGCCGAAUUUCUUGCACCCAAUUCCCGAGACAAAGUCCGGCGCCGAAGAUGUACCGGCCGGCAUGAGACUUCACGGGACCAGAGCACGACUGUACACUUCAGUACUGGCCGGGGCUAGCACAGAACAGACUGAGGAAAUAGCCGUCAAUGAUUACGAUGCGACUGUACCGGAAGAUCUUCAGGACGACGAGGUUCCACUGAACGAGGAACUACAGAUAAUUUUGCCUCCACGCUGCGAUGACGUUACUGCCGAAUCAUCAGUAACCAAGACAGGCUGA